AUGAGUACUUUGGAGGACAUGGAGACUGAAGAUGGCUACAUGAUGCUGAAUUGCAAGAAUCGUUUCAAAUCCAGGCAGAGAUCUAAAGAUUUUGCCCUGUGUCCAUAUUAUUAUGGCAUUUUGCUAGUAUUUGGAUGCACUGGGAUCCUUAUUUUCAUGAUGACAGUGAUUGGCCUGAACUUUUCGAAUAAAAAAAUGGAUUUCUCACAGAAUGAAAACAUCAGCAGUUUAGCAGGAAAUAAUUAUAUGUGCCAAAAUGACUGGCUGUUGAACCAAGGGAAGUGUUACAAAUUUUCAACUUCUUCUAAAACUUGGAAUGACAGUCAAUGUGAUUGUGCAAAGCUCCAGGCACAUCUGCCGGUGAUUCACAAUUUGAAAGAGCUGGAAUUCAUACAGAAGAGUUUAAAACCUGGAUGUGCUAGUUGGAUUGGACUAUACAUUUUAUCCCCAGGAAAGCAAUGGAUGUGGAUAAAUGAACACCCUUUUGUGGAACUAAAAAAUUUUUCGAUGAUCAGUCCAACUGGUAGCAUGAGCUGCGCUGUCACGACAAGAACUCAAGUGUACUCUGAAGACUGUAACUCCAAAUUCAAUGGCAUUUGCCAGAGAGAUGCUGUCUGA